AUGCAUCAAGUCGUUAACGAAUCAUAUUCCUUCCAGACGGGUAAUGAUAUUUGCCAAGGACAUCAUAAAGUGAUGACAUCGACAGACAGAAAAGAACUUCAGAAGAGUCCGGCAAUAGUUCGGCUAUCAGAGGAUGACGUCAAAACAAUUGCUGAGGAUCUCAGACUGAAACUCACAACAGAGGAAACCAGCGCAGUUCACGAUUUUUGUGGGGGUAUUUCCAAAGCUUACCAGAAGGUUUAUGAACUCGUUCCACCCACCCCAACCGUCAAAUACCCAAGGACUCCGGGUUACAGGGAAACCGAGGACAAAUCUUGGUAUUACCGUUGUGACAUUAAAGGAGCCGAGAGAGGACUUCUGUCGGGGAAAACUGUAGCAAUCAAAGACAAUGUGUGUGUAGCAGGGGUUCCCAUGAUGAACGGAAGUAAAUUACUGGAGGGGUUUGUACCCGACAGAGAUGCAACAAUUGUGACACGGAUACUGGAUGCAGGUGGACGAAUAGUCGGUAAAUCUGUAUGUGAGGAUAUGUGUUUCUCCGGAAGUAGUUUCACGACAUCAUAUGGACCAGUAGGAAACCCCUAUGAUCAAACGCGGUCUGCGGGUGGAUCCAGCUCAGGUUCAGCUUCUCUGGUUGCCAGAAAUAUUGUUGAUGUAGCGAUUGGAGGGGACCAAGGCGGAUCUAUUCGGAUCCCGUCAAGUUGGUGUGGAAUUGUUGGAUUAAAACCGACCUUUGGGUUAGUUCCUUAUACCGGUAUAAUACCAAUGGAAAUCACUAUUGACCACGCGGGGCCAAUGGCCAGGACAGUGAAGGACUGUGCAAUUCUGUUAGAGGCGAUUGCUGGAUAUGACAACGGUAACGAUCCACGACAGUUUCCAACUAUAUCAGUUCCUCCAUAUUCAGAACUGGUUAACAAUGAGAUAAAGGGAAAGAAGGUAGCCAUUCUCAAGGAAGGUUUUGAAGGAGCAGAGGAGGAUGUAGCAAAAAUCGUGAGUGAGGCGGCUUAUAGACUGAGAGAAGCUGGGGCUGAAGUCACAGAAGUUUCUUUACCCAUUCAUAAAGAUGGUGUGGCCAUUUGGACGCCAGUUAAUAUUGAAGGGGCAUAUCAAACAUUGAUGAAAGGAAAUGGUCAUGGAUAUAGCUGGAAAGGAACCUACAACCUUCCAUUACAGGAAGCUUUGGCUGGAGCUUUUAAUCUCCGCCCAUUUGACUGCCCCCUACCGGUCAAAAUAUUUAUGAUAUUUUCUGAGUUCAUGCAGAGGAACUAUCAAAACAAAUUUUACGCCAAGGGACAGAACCUGAUACAAUAUUUGACAAGCGAGUAUAAUAGAAUCCUGAACGAUUAUGACGUCAUGAUUCUGCCGACGCUUCCAGGAAAGCCUAUAAAACUUCCUACAACAGAUAUCUCUGUUAGAGAAACAUUAAGACUUUUAGGAAUGUUACGAAACACAGCCCCAUUCAACGCCACAGGACACCCUGCCCUCAGCAUUAACGCCGGAUUUAGUGAGGGGCUUCCGUGUGGGAUGAUGAUUGUGGGCAAAAUGUUCGAUGAAACCACAGUUCUACAGGUCGCCAGAGCUUACGAGAAAAUUCGGGAUGAGACAUCAUAACAUAACAGAUGACUCAGUCUAUGAUUUAUUGUGAUGCACACAAUGUUCCAAGAUAUGUAAAGAUGUUUCAUCGUUACGGAUUUCUGAUUUAAGAUAUUGA